GUUGUAGGCGAGGGCUGAUCUCCUGCCGGUGUAAAUAAUAUCACUUUAUUUCUUAUAGCUGGGGGAAAAGAAACUGAUUGGGGAUUUCUUUUUUAUUUAUCUGCAUAUUGGGACAGGAUUCUAAUUUUGAUCAGGUGCUGUCAAUCCCGAAGGAUUUAAUUCUCCUGUUGUUUGAGGAAAGUGGAGCGAGGAGCCUCCUGUGUUAUCUUCGCUUAAGUAAGGAUCCUGGGGCAAUGAGGAGGGAGUGAAACCUUCCCGGUCAUUGCCUUGGAUCAGGUUCAUCUCUCCCCCUCCCUGCUGUCUCUGUGCGUGUCUCUCUCUUUCCUCUUCACAACCUUAUUCCCACUCUCACUCUCCUGCUUACUUUCUCUCUCUCUCCCCUCUCAUUUUCUCCACCCUCUGUCUCUCUCUCUCUCCCUUCCCCUUCUUCCCCACACUGCCCCCACCCCAUUACUCUCUCUCCUCCUGCCUCCUGAUUUUCCGCUGCAUUGCCCCAGUUCCCCUCCCGUCAUGACGGAGCAACUGACCCAGUGCAACAUCAAAGUGAUGUGCAGGUUUCGACCGCUCAAUCACGCCGAGAUUCUCAGGGGCGAUAAAUUCAUCCCGAAAUUUCAGAACGAUGACACGGUAGUGAUCGCGGUUUCCCUACUUCGAGAUCUACAUGGACAGAUCCGUGACCUCCUGGACAUGGCGAAGACGAACCUCUCUGUGCACGAGGACAAGAACAGAGUUCCUUUUGUGAAGGGCUGCACAGAGCGGUUUGUGUCCAGCCCAGAGGAGGUGAUGGAUGUGAUAGACGAGGGGAAAUGUAAUCGCCACGUCGCCGUCACCAACAUGAACGAACACAGCUCCCGCAGCCACAGCAUCUUCCUGAUCAACAUCAAGCAGGAGAACGUGGAGACGGAACAAAAACUAAACGGGAAGCUCUACCUGGUCGACCUGGCGGGAAGCGAGAAGGUCAGCAAGACGGGGGCCGAAGGAGCUGUGCUGGACGAGGCCAAGAACAUCAACAAGUCCUUGUCUGCCCUGGGCAACGUCAUCUCGGCCCUGGCUGAAGGAACGAAAGCCCACGUGCCCUACCGAGACAGCAAGAUGACCCGGAUCCUCCAGGACUCGCUGGGAGGCAACUGCAGGACCACCAUCGUCAUCUGCUGCUCCCCGUCCAGCUUCAACGACGUGGAGACGAGGUCCACCCUCAUGUUCGGGCAGAGGUAGGGUGCGAAGACCAUCAGGAACACGGCCUCCGUCAACCUGGAGCUGACGGCCGAGGAGUGGAAGAAGAAGUACGAGAAGGAGAAGGAGAAGAGCAAGGCCCAGAGGGACACCAUCCGACGGCUGGAGGCUGAGCUCAGCCGCUGGCGGGACGGAGAGAACGUCCCCGUGAGUGAGCAGCUGCCAGAGAAGGAGGAGGAUGGCGACACCACCCCGGGGGUGGACAACUCCUCCAUUGUGAUCCACAUCUCCAACGAGGAGAGACAGAAGUAUGAGGAGGAGAUACGGAAACUCUACAAGCAGCUGGACGAGAAGGAUGACGACAUCAACCUUCACAGCCAGAUCGUGGAGAAACUCAAACUGCAGAUGUUGGACCAGGAUGAGCUGCUGGCUUCAACCCGUGGGGACAACGCCAAGAUCCAGGAGGAGUUGGGGCGGCUCCAGGCAGAGAACGACAGCGCCAAGGAGGAAGUCAAGGAGGUUCUCCAGGCCCUGGAGGAGCUGGCAGUCAACUACGACCAGAAGACCCUGGAGGUGGAGGAGAUGACCAAGCAGAACACACUGUUGGCCGAACGAGCUGGCAAGAAGAUGGCGACACUGAUGGGGUUGGAGGCAGAGUUACGUCACACCCAGGAGCUGAGCAACCACCAGAAGAUGAGGGUGACCGAGGUGCUGAACAACCUGCUCAAGGACCUGGCCGAUUUCAGCAACAUCUUGGGCGAUGGAGACUGGAAAGUGCCUGUGGAAUUCAGCGAUGCCAUUGAAGAGGAGUUCACGGUUGCCCGCCUCUACAUCAGCAAGGUGAAAUCUGAGGUGAAGACACUCGUAAAGCGAUGUCGGCAACUUGAAAACAACCAAAACGAUUGCAACAGGAAGAUGGAGGAGAACUCUCGAGAGCUUUCCGCCUGCCAGCUCCUUGUCUCACAGCACGAGGCCAAGAUCCACUCGCUCACGGAGUGCACCCAGAACACAGAGAUGAAGAGACGGCAGCUGGAGCGAUCUUACGACGCCCUCAACGAGGAGAUGGCUAGGCUGCAGGAACAAGAUACGCUGAACGGAACGGAGGAAGAGGCGGAGGCCAGGACGGCGGGGCGCACAGAGGAUGUGAAGCAGACGGCGGACAGGCGGAGGGAGAGCCACCGGGAACACCAGAAGCAGUUGGCUCGACUGCGGGACGAGAUUGCAGAGAAGCAGAAGACGAUAGAUGAGCUGAAAGAUCUGAACCAGCAGCUGAACCUGGAGCUGGAGAAGCUGCGUGCCGACUUCGAGAAGUUGAAAAGUGAGCAGGAGGAAAAAAGCAAAAAAAUUCAGGAGCUUACAUUUCUCCACGAGAAACAGGAGCAGUCCAGACAGGAUCUUAAAGGACUUGAAGAGACUGUGGCACGAGAACUUCAAACUCUUCACAACCUACGAAAACUUUUUGUUCAAGACCUCACCACACGGGUCAGGAAAAACACUGACCUGGAACCGGACGACAGCGGUGGGUGUGUCUCCCAGAAGCAGAAGAUAUCCUUUCUUGAGAACAACCUGGACCAACUUACAAAGGUUCACAAACAGCUGGUUCGUGACAAUGCAGACCUGCGCUGCGAGCUUCCGAAGCUGGAGAAGGAGCGACUGCGGGCUACGGCUGAGAGAGUGCGGGCCCUGGAGGCUGCACUGAAGGAAGCCAAGCAGGGAGCGGUGAAGGACCGCCGGCGGUACCAGCUGGAGGUGGAGCGCAUCAAGGAGGUGGUGCGUUCCAAGAACAUGCCCAGGAGGUCCCACUCGGCACAGAUCGCGAAGCCGGUGCGACCAGGACAACACCCGGCCUGCUCCCCGCUGGGCGUGCACGCCUCCCGUAACCCCGAGUCCUGCACCUUCAGCAACUCCCUCUUCCACACCUGUCACCCGCUCUACCUGGCGGACAGCUCCAAGGUCAAAUACUCACUAACCGGGUCCUGCGGCAGGUCACCAGUGGUGUCUCCGGAUUGCCUUGACCUCUAUCAGAAGGAGGUGGUAGAUAACGGGAAUGAGACUGACAUCAAUGACAACAGGAGUGAUACGCACUGUGGGUGUGAGGCUGACGAUCAGAGCAAGCUAUACAUCAUCCCCCAGCAGACAGCGGCCACCUAAUGGGUGUCCUGCAGUGGAGGAGGCUCCCUCCCGCCUGCGGAUCGCCCUGCUCCUGAACCCGCAGCUUCCAGGGACAUUCCCGAGACUCCCCUGCCUACAUCCCGGCCUCGACCCCCACCCCCUCCUCUCACUCCCCCCACGGGUCGCGUGGGGCUGGGAUCGGCCGGGGCGUGAGGGUCCCGAGGGGUGUGCGAGGCCCUGCCGGUCUCCGCCUUCUCCUGAGGGCCUCACGUGUCGCUUGGUCCUGCUCCCAAGGCUCGUCGCCCGCCCGCCCCCCCACGGGGAUCGCCCACCA